UUUUUUUAAAAUGCUAUGAAUCAGUUCUCUAGUGAAAAUAGGAAAAUAAUUGUGUUCAUCUUUACUUCCACCCCGUAGCUCCCAUCCCGAUCACUCCACACUACUAUUCCAUCACAUUCUUAUAAUAUUUGUCUAGAUUAUAUAUAAAUAUUUUUUAUUUUCUAUUAAAUAAAAAAAAAUUAGUAAGAAAUCCACUUAUUUUUUAAAAAUCAAUCUCCGAGAAAAUACUUCCAAUGAAAAACAUUUACCUUCCACAGAAAACAAUUAUAUUGAGCAUAUUAAGCUAUUUUUUCUUUUCUGGAGAAGUUUUAAAGUUGUUAUCCAAGCUUUUAAAACGAAAUACGGAAAUACCCAGUUUUCCAAUUUUUACCAUAAAAAAGAAAAGGUGAAAAGAUUUUCUGUGUCGGCAAUUGAUUGAGAAAAAACUUUUUGAUUUUGAAUCAGAAAUUGAAGUAGAUCAGGAUAAUCGGACGAACUGUCAAGCUGCCUCCGUUGUCUGGAAAAGCUUAUUGCAGGCGCUGUCCAGUUUAAUUUGCAAUUUCAACUUACUUGAGAUCACUUCAGCACUCGUACGAUUCCCCAGGAGAUGUACAGUAACAAAUUCAAGUUUUAAUUCCCAAAAUCUCUUCUCAUAUUCAUUAGCGGAGAUGCGCAUAGGUUCGAUGUAGUAGUCACGAGUUGUUAUGUUUUCGUCACUGUUUUCUUCUUCUUUAUACAUGAAAUUGGUGCACAUGAGCCGAGCGUCUAUCCGAAACAAACUCUCUAGCUCCACGAGUAGUGGCACGCCAUGAUGGCAGAAUUAAUGCAGGCUUCUCAGUUUCAUCGAGGGAUUUUCCAUGGACAGCCUUCUCAGGGAUGCAGACAAUGGGAAACUGGGAAUAAUGUGAUCUCUCAAUUUGAGCUUUCAACUGAGAGCAAAUUGGGCCCUUGCUUAUGCCCAACAAAGGAUGAACAAAGGUCAACUAUGGCAGAAGUUGUCUCAGCAAAAUUCCCUCGUCACUAGUCAGUGUUGUAACUUACUAUGGAAGGACAUCAUGUGUGAAACCUAGGUUAGCUUUUGAGCCAGACUGGGAAAUAAAUUAAGAUUCAGAAUACUUCGUCACAACCUAAGUAGUUGAAGCAAAUGUCUACCAUUUCUUCUCCGAAUCCCCCUCUUACCGUCUUCAACAGCAGAGGCAGCAUCAAAUGCUUAUGCAGAAAUAAUUAGCUUCACUUCAACACUUGCGUCAAAAAUCAAUGCUUUUGAACCCAGAAGAGUUAUCGCAAACUGCACAGCCACCACAACAGCAACAGCAACAGCAACUGGAGCAUCCCCAGAUGUAUCCGCAUCAGCAGCUCCAACAACAACCUCAGCAGGUUUUGCACCAGCAGCAUUCUUCUCCAGCAAUGGCUGUCUCUGGUGGCCUCAAUUCUCUGAGUUUGACUGGAUCAGAACCAAAUGCCACUGGAUCUGGAACAACGACUCCUGGGAGUAGUUCAAGCCAGGGGACUGAAGCAAGCAAUCAAUUUCUUGGGAAGAGAAAGAUUCAGGAUUUAGUUUUACAGGUGGAUCCACAGGGGAAAGUUGAUCCUGAAGUUGAAAAGCUCCUUUUAGAGAUCGCUGAUGACUUUAUUGAUUCGGUUACUACAUUUGCUUGCAAUUUGGCAAAGCAUCGGAAAUCUACGACUCUGGAGUCCAAAGAUAUAUUGUUACAUUUAGAGAAAAAUUGGAAUUUGACUGUUCCAGGUUUUUCAAGUGAGGAUAAGAAAAACCAUCCUGAACAUUCAUCAAGUGAUCUCUGCAAAGAGCGUUUGGAAAUGAUACCUGCCAUGAUGGAGGCUUCAUCAAUAGCUGAAACAAGUACAAGCAGCAGCACGAAGGAGACCGUCAGUCCGGGCCUGGGUGAUCACAUUGGUUCGAGUGACAUAGUUGGACCACCAAGUUCAGAGGAAUUGGCUUCACCAUCUAAUGGUGAAAUAUAAUUAAACUGUAACAAGUUUUGAUGUCCCUGGAGAUUGGUAUGCUCCUUGCUUCACUGUAAUAAAAACUUGUUCAACUUUAGUUUGCUUGUCUACUGAAGAACAUAAACAUAAGUCUGUUUUGAAUUUUCAUGCCCGUUUGUUGGUUA